AUGCUGGCCCCUCAUGUUUGGCUUUUUGGGGCUCUCUGGUUUCUGGUGUAUUUCCUUGGGCAACGCGUCUACCAAUGGAAUCGUUUGCGGCACAUUGCAGGACCCCCAGGAACCGGGUGGACAAAGUUGUGGUUGGUAAGACAGGCUUGGUCUGGCAGGCUCUGUGACAGCCUCUACAAUGCUUGUAGAGAAUAUGGUCCCCUCGUCCGAAUCGGCCCAAAGUGGGUGCUGUGCGGUGAUCCCGCUGAGAUCCGCCGAAUAUGGGGGAUCAACUCUGGCUAUCACCGCUCAGAUUGGUACAAGGCUGUCCGUCUGAACAGCGAGGUGAACAACGUCUUGUCGGUCAUUGAUAACAAGGAGCACCACCGGCUCCGAAGCCACCUUAUGCCAGGGUACGGAGGCAAGGGGAUCACAAAUGAGGAACAGCUUGUCGACGAACAGAUCGAAAAUCUCAUAGCACUAAUCAAGCAGCGAUAUAUCUCUACCCAAGCAGCCUUGCGACCAUGCGAUCUAGCUCGAACGAUGCAGUAUUUGACACAAGAUGUCAUCACGGCCGUCGGAUUUGGAAAACCAGCGGGCUACUUGGAGGCGAAUAGUGACAUACAUGGGAUCCUAGAAACGUCUGAGAAUCUCCAUAGACCCGUCCAUAUGGUUACCCUGCUUCCAACUCUCAGAAAAAUUUUGGAAAGUCGUCUGCUGAAACCGUUUCAUCCCAAGCCCCAUGACCGCAGCGGAGUUGGCCGAUUCCUCGGCUAUAUCAAGGACCUUGUUGACGAGCGAUACGAUGACUCAAAAACCAAUCACACUGAUAUCCUCCAAUCCUUCGUCAAGUCUGGUUUGAGCAGGCCCCAAGUCGAGUCCGAAGCUCUUGUGACUGUCUUUGGCGGAACAGACACCACAUCUACUGCCCUGAGGAAUAUUAUUUUCUAUCUGUCGACCAAUCCUCGAGCAUACCACGCGCUUCAAUCUGAGAUUGACGGUGCUGUAAAGACCGUCACAUGCCCAGUGAUCAGAGACGCCGAGGCCAAAGCCCUUCCCUACCUCCAGGCAUGCAUCAAAGAAGGUUUACGGAUAUUCCCCCCCAGUAUGGGUCUUAUGGGUAAGGUGUGUCCGCGCGAUGAUACUAUCUGUGGCUUCAGGGUCCCUGCAAAUACCCAAGUUGCUUGGUCGGCGCUGGCCAUUAUGAGGAAUAGAGACAUUUUCGGAGAUGAUGCAGAUGUAUAUGAGCCGCAACGCUGGAUUGACGCACCAGUGGAAAAGAAAAAGGACAUGGAUGCCUCGUACGGACUGGUAUUUGCGACUGGAACAAGGUGGGAGUGUUUGGGGAAGCGGCUUGCGUACAUAGAGCUGGGAAAGACGAUUUUCGAGCUCUUUCGGCGGUUUGAUUUUGCCAUGGUCGAUCCAGUUGAGCCUUUUCGGUGGGCUAACCAUGGGCUGACAGCGCAUUUCGGUAUGAAAGCUCGAGGACUUGCUAGAGUUUCCUCAACGUCUAAUUCCCGCACUGAUGCGACUGGCAGCACUCUUGAUAAUGCCACUCCCGCGCCCGCACCCUCCCCAUCCAGGGAGCCUGGGGCGCGUCUCACCACCACCACAAUUGCGUGGACUAUGAUGUCGCUUUGUUUGUCUGUGCUCCUCUCCGCUCUUGACUUAACAAUUGUUACUCCUGCAAUUCCUGCUAUAGUUGGCACGUUCAAAUCUUCGGCCAGCUAUAUUUGGGUGGGAAGUGCUUACACCCUGGCCUACGCAGCCAUUACGCCAGUAUGGGGCUCGGUCUCCGACAUCUGGGGCCGAAAACCCAUUAUGCUCAUUGCAGUGGCCGUUUUUCUCAUCGGCAGUCUUGUCUGUGCCCUUGCACCGCAUAUGGAUGCUCUGAUCGCGGGACGGGCGAUUCAGGGAUUAGGCGGCUCCGGAAUGGGGAUCAUGGUCAAUAUUGUUGUCAGUGAUAUGUUUUCACUACGAGAUCGGGGGUUGUACCUCGCAAUCACUUCGCUCGUUUGGGCAGUUGGCAGUGCCAUAGGGCCUGUUCUGGGUGGCGUUUUUACGUCGAGGCUCACCUGGAGAUGGUGUUUUUGGAUUAACUUACCAGUCGGUGCCGUCUCCUUCCUGGUCUUGCUCUUCUUUAUGAGAGUUCCGAGCCCUCGAACACCCAUUGCCGCCGGCCUAAAAGUCAUUGACUGGGCAGGCAGUCUUUUGAUCAUAGGCGGCUCUUUGAUGGUCCUCCUUGCCCUUGACUUUGGCGACGUCGUCUACUCCUGGUCUUCUGCAACCGUCAUCUGUCUUUUGGUUUUCGGAACAGCAGUGAUGGCGCUGUUCGUGGUUAACGAAUGGAAAAUUGCCAAGAACCCAAUUAUUCCAGUUUGGCUGUUCACCUCGCCGACCAAGAUAGCGCCUUACGUUGUCUUCGCGUGUAAUUCAUACGUGUUUAUUGGACAAGCAUAUUACCUGCCCUUAUAUGCGCAGUCCGUCCUGGCCGCAAGCGCGCUAAGAUCAGGCCUCUACCUUCUACCACUAAUUGUCUCAUGUUCCCUGGCCGCGGCCGCAGCCGGGAUCUUCAUGCAGCAAACCGGGAAAUAUCUCCCGGUGAUGUAUAUUGCCCAGGGCUUUUUGGUCCUCGGCUCCGGCCUACUAAUUAGUCUUGAUUUUGAAGCUAAUAUAACCAAACUAGUCAUCUUCCAGAUCCUAGUCGGUAUCGGUGUAGGCAUGAACAUUGAAGCGCCGAUUCUCGCUGCUCAGGCGGCAACCAGUAUCCGGGAUACAGCAGCUGUCACUGCGACAAUGGGGUUUGUCCGGUCUCUCUCUACGGCUAUUUCGGUUGUUGUCGGGGGUGUUGUGUUUCAGAAUGAGAUGAAUGCGAAAAACGAGGGGUUAGCAAGCCAGCUGGGUUCCAACUCUACUUUGGCCAGCGAAUUCAAUGGCGACAAUGCCGCUUCGAGUGUGGAGGAGAUUAGCACUCUUGGACUAGAUGCAGUUCAAGAGGCCUUGGUUAGGAAGACGUACUUUGAGGCGUUGAGAAUGGUGUGGGUCAUGUAUGUGGCAUUUGCUGGACUGGCUACCGUCCUUAACUUGUUCGUGCGAGCGCAUAAGCUUCGGACUGAGAAUGAGGGCGCCGUGCUGGGGGCCGACCGGUCAAGGCAACAGGGGAGCCCUGCUGCUGGGGCUGCCGAAUUGGAGUUGCGGAAUGAGCGAGAGGAUUAA